UACAUUGUCGGUCAUAGCACAUUACUUCAGCCUUUCUAAUUCAAGCACCGGACCUCCGCCUGCCAACUUCCGUGCCAAAAAAGGCCCUGAAUUGUGACCCGUUUAUAAUUCGACCCGUUUAAAAAGUCUUUUCACGUUUUCUUAUGGGUGCGGUUGAAGGAGCGGCUGCCAAAUUGAAGAGAAGUAUGUCGAGCAGCAGAUUGGGAGCGAUUAUGCUUCGAAGGAGCAAAACCCUAACCCUAAUUUCUGAGCUCAGGGGUUCUAGGGUUUCAAAUGAUCCUUCUCUUCUCUCCUCUUCGAGGUUCGUGUCGAUAAGUUGUCGUCUUUAUCGGGAGCCAUCAUCUUCAUCAUUUCUCUCUAGAUACAGAAGCUCUCUAUACGAGUUCAAAUCUUUUUCCAAGACUUUAUUUGGUCCACCUAAAAGGCAAAUGACCACCUCCGCAACCAUCAUUGGUUCCGCCAAAUCAGAAAUCACUAGUUCAGGACUAAAAAUGCUUGUUGCUGGGGGACCUCGUCCUCAAAAAAUGGUUGGGAUAUGGCUUUUUGGUUGUGCUGCUUGGGUUUUCAGUAUGGUGGUGCUUGGUGGCGUUACUCGUCUAACUCGAUCAGGUUUAUCAAUGACAGAUUGGAAAUUUACUGGUGGUCUUCCGCCAUUUACGGAGGAGGAAUGGUUGCUCGAAUUUGAGAAAUAUCAGCAGUCCCCUGAGUACAAGCGUGUAAACAAAGGAAUGAGUUUGGGAGACUUUAAAUUCAUUUAUUGGAUGGAAUAUGCACAUCGAAUGUGGGGAAGAGGAUUGGGUCUCGUGUUUGCUUUACCUUUCUCAUAUUUUCUUGCAAAAGGAUUUAUCACCCGCCAACUUGGACUGAGACUUUCAGCGCUUUUUGCACUUGGUGGUGGUCAAGGGUUGAUUGGAUGGUGGAUGGUAAAGAGUGGUCUAGAGGAACCAGCAUCAGACUAUGUGCAGCCAAGAGUUAGCCCAUAUCGUCUGGCGACUCAUCUUAUAUCUGCAUUUGGUAUAUACUGUGGCAUAUUUUGGACUGCCCUCUCAGUUGUCAUGCCUGAACCACCAAAUGGAUCAAUAUCUUGGGUAAAUGGUGCUGCAAAGGUUCGGAAAAUGGCCUUGCCUCUUAGUGUCCUAGUGGGUGUUACUGCCUUCUCUGGUGCUUUUGUUGCAGGAAAUGAUGCAGGUCAUGCUUAUAAUACAUUCCCCAAGAUGGGUGAUUCAUGGAUUCCUGAUGAUAUAUUUAGUAUGGAGCCACUUGUUCGUAAUUUCUUUGAGAAUACGUCCACUGUUCAGCUCGGACAUCGCAUUCUUGCAGCAACGACAUUGCUUUCAGUUGGCAGUUUGUGGUUGGCUUCAAGAAAAAUAGACAUGCAUCCUGCAGUGAAAUCUUUAAUCGGAAGUACGCUAGGGAUGGCAUCAUUACAGGUGACCCUGGGUAUUUCGACACUUCUAUAUUACGUUCCAGUUUCUCUUGCCUCAGCCCAUCAAGCUGGAGCAUUGACUUUGCUGACGCUAAUGCUUCUUUUAACUCACACCGUAAGAAAGCCAUCUCCGGCAAUUCUUAAAUCCUUGGCGUCGUCGCCAAAAAUCAAAGGAAAAUUUAAGAUUGUUGAGUGAAAGAAAGAGAAACCCACAUUAUUUUUGGCUAAGCAUGAGCUGAAAGGAGUGCAGCAUAACAUUUUGAAUUGAAUUUGUGAAAUUCAAAUUACUUCUUCCUGCUGCUAAAAAAGUAUCGAUAUUCGUUGGUAAUGGAAGAUGCACUGUCAUAGAUGCUAGCACUUCAGGGAAAGAUAUUUGUUUCGUGGAGAAAUUUUUUUGUGGCUCUCGGUGAUAUUGUUCUUGAAGUAAGUCCCCCAAGGCAAUGUUAUCUGUACCAUUUUGUUUUGUAUAGAAUCAUUUAUCUGGGAUUCAUUAAUUUUACCUUUAUUCCGAAUUGAAUACUGUGAGAUAAUUGUACCAUUUAUAUAUUUUUACUGAGUUAAUAGACUGCUACCAAUCUACUUAAACUGCAA